CCGAAGAUGGCUCGCUAGCCUACAGUCCGGAUCGAUAUCCAACAGUCGCAUUCUAUCCUGUUUCGAUGAUUUUUACGAAGGCACCUAACUUUAGUCGGGAAUGCGGGGCAUGCCUGGGCAGCAUGUGGAACGUUGUCGUCUCUCUGUUACAUUUUGCAUUAUAAAGACGCUUUCCUCGACCCUGGAACAGGAGGAGAACCAUAUAAUUUGUUUCAUUGUCCAAGGUCAUUUGAGAUCCAGUAUAUGCCCUUCGGUGUCAAUUCAAUCGCAGCGGUCACAUAAAUUAUCUAAUUAUAUACGCCAAACGAACUAACUGCCUCACCAUGGAUCCAACUAGCAAACUAUCAGCUGCACAAUCCUAUCAAGACGAAGAAAUUGUUGAAGAUCAAUUUUCCAAAGCUCAACAGCGAUAUGGCGAGGAGCGCUCGAAGCGUCUACGUAAGGAAGGCAACGAUCAGUUCAUCGAUAUCUCAACCGAUCUAUCAGACAAGUUCCGGCACUUUCAAGAAGAUCCAUGGGUGGAUGCGAGUGCUGUCAAAGAUGCCCACACAAUGUUCCCAGACAACCGAUGCGAGGUUCUCAUCUUGGGUGCUGGCUUCGGAGGGUUGAUGCACGCGGUUAGGAUGGUGCAGGCAGGUGUUCGCCCCGAGAACCUCCGCAUAAUCGACACGGCAGGUGGCUUUGGAGGGACUUGGUACUGGAAUCGAUACCCUGGACUGAUGUGCGAUGUUGAGAGCUAUUGUUAUUUGCCGCUACUCGAGGAGACGGGUUACAUACCCAAACAUCGCUACUCGUAUGGACAUGAAAUCCGCGACUAUGCCAACUUCGUUGCCGAGAAGUGGAAGAUUGCCGGCAGCGCUGUCUUUCAAACCAAAGCCGAAAAGUUGGUAUGGGAUGAAGAGAAUAAGGAAUGGCAAGUGGAACUUGUACAGAGGCGUAAAGGAGUUCCGGCACAGACCUUGAAUAUCCGCUCGAAGUUCGUGGCAGCCGUCAACGGUGUGCUCAAUUGGCCCAAGCUACCUGGCUUCCCAGGUAUUCUUGAUUAUCAAGGACAGAUUUUCCAUGCGGCACGAUGGGACUACUCGAUAACCGGCGGAUCUCAACAGGAUCCGUCCCUCGUCAACUUGAAGGACAAGCGCGUAGCGAUCAUCGGCACAGGAGCUUCAGCUGUCCAGAUCGUUCCGCACUUGGCACGAUGGCCUAAGCAUCUAUACGUCGUCCAGCGUACACCAGCGGCAGUUGACAAGCGUGACCAAUGUGAGACCGAUCCAGUAUGGUUCAAGGAGAACGUAACAACAUCUCCUGGCUGGCAACGUGAACGUACGAGAAAUUUCCACCAGCAUUUCAACACUCAGGAAAACCCCGCAGUCAAUCUGGUAGACGACGAGUGGACGCAUGCCCUGGGAUUAGUGGGGCUUGCUGGAAAUCCCGGAGGCCCCAAAUCUGUAGAGGAUAUUCCAGCAUAUCUGCAAAUGCUCCAAACCAUCGACUUCCCUAGACAAGACCGAAUCCGCGCACGGGUACAGAGUGUUGUGACUGAUCCUAGUGUUGCGAAGAAACUUCAACCAUGGUAUCCAUCAUGGUGCAAGCGGCCUUGUUUCCACGACGAUUAUCUGCAGGCCUUCAACCAGGACAACGUAACACUCGUUGACACAGAUGGUAAAAGUGUUGAUCGACUCACCUCAGACUCGAUUGUCGUUGGAGAUCAGGCUUACCCCGUCGAUGUAAUCAUUCUCGCCACGGGCUUUCGCACGCCAAUUGGUUGCACGCCAGCAGAGAACGCGAACUUGACUAUUACCGGCCGUAAUGGAGCUUCGAUGACUGAGGUAUGGAAACGCGACGGUCCCAUGACUCAACACGCUGUUCUUGACCAUCGGUUUCCCAAUCUCUUCCUUUGCAGUUUUGUACAAGGGUCAACGAGCCCAAACUUUCUGUUCGCUAUUGACUGUAACGCGAAGAAUGCGGCAUACAUUCUUGCAGAAGCUAAGCGUAAGGCUGCUGGUCAACCCUUCAGUGUGGCUCCAACUGCAGCAGCAGCAGAAGAUUGGGGCACUCAGGUGGCGAUGAGGUCGCUAGCGAUGGCGGCUUUGAGUGGUUGCACUCCGGGCUAUAUGAAUCGAGAGGGUGAACUGGAUCGAGUACCGCCUGAAGAGCAAAUGAAGAUGGCACGUGGUACUGUCUGGGGUCAUGGUGUUGAGGACUUUCUUGAGCAUGUGGAGAAGUGGCGUGCUGAGGGUAACAUGCAGGGCAUCGUGGUUGAGACGUAGAACUAAGACGAACUUUCAGUAAUAUGAAGCGUUACUUGAGCACCCCGAG